AAUGUCACGCCGGGUACGACAUCAAUCUGGAUAGAGGAAAGUGGCAACUGUUCUUUCCUACCGAAAACUAUGGUUCGCGGGAACUGGCAAAAGCGAGUCGAGAUGGCAGAAGCUCGACGCAACGGAGCAAAGGAACGCAAGCAAAUGACGGAAGACAAGAAGAUAUACAAGGUUCUGGUGCAAAAGUUAUUGUCGAACUUGGACCGACAUCAACAAGUACUGGUAAAGUCCUCUGGCUCGUGGGUAUUGAGGUGUUGGUGCACGGCUUUACACACUGAUGGGCUUCUAUUAGAAGAAAUUAUGGAUGAUGAUGUUGACCUGAAAGAUAGUCGCAAACUUCGCGCGAGCUCCAUUGGAAGCGAAAACGAUGGACUAAGGCAUACGAGGAAGGGCACACCUACUGCAAAGCGCGCCAUAAAGAAGAAGGCGCACCCUCGAAGUAAAGGAUUGAUGACAGAGAACAAUGAUGAGAAUGACGAAAUCCCAGCCCUUUGUGGACCUCAUUUUUUUCGAGGAAAAUGCAACAUGCACAUUGGUAAAAAGGGUGGAUUUGGUAGCGAAGCGGACCGACUCGUCGAUACCUCCCAUUUUUGCCUUCCUGGCCCACUUUUGGAGAUCAUAUUAAGCUUUCUUCCGGAUACCGCCGUGGCGGUAGCGACACAGGCUACUACAGAAGACCCCGGAAACAAUGCGUAUGCCAUACGUGAUGCAUAUCUGGGACAUUAUGGAGUCCUCCGUGAUGUGUUGGCAGUGAAGCUAGCUCUUGAUGCUAUCGGCAAGCGGCAAGCGGUUGAAGAAAGCGAAAUGUGCUUCCAAGAUUUUUCGAAGCGAAAAAAUGUCCCUUCUGAUUCUGACACGUGUGUUGGUGUGAAGGUAUGGUCGAGCAACCGUAUUCUAGUUGCUUACAAACUCGAAUGCUCGUUGAGGCUUUUUGAGACAGCCUGGUCGUCUGAUUUAGGGGAAAGACGCUGCAGGGAGCUCGUCAACAAACGAGUGGAUCUUUUGCAAAGCUCCAAGCAUCGCACAAGUAGAUUGCUUGCGAUGGAUGUAGGAAAAACACAUAUCGGCUGUUUGUGCCGUACCAGAGCCGACGCCGAGUGCAAUGCUGACAUCUUAUUGAUAUGCAUCAGUCGAGAUGAAUUUUUAAUAAACCAUGCGUCCUCGAAGAACUUUCCAGACAACAGUUUUACCUCCGUAAAUGUUGCGGAGAGCGUUUUGAAUCAUUUGGAGUGCAUGCGAUUCGAAGGAAGGAUGUCCGACGAAAAGUUUCUCCACGAAGCAGAUCCGUUGGACAUAAGCGUGAUACCAUCACACGCAAUAUCUGCAACCAAAACUGGAAGAUUCAUUGUGCUAGUUAGCUUGCGUUCUAAUUUUGAUGAAGAGCCGAACGCGCCUUUACCAAUGGGUUCCUAUUUCGCCUUCUUCUCUUCCGACUCCGGAGAACUGGAGACACUUUGCCCCGCACCUACUAGCUGGCAGGAAGUGCAACACAGUGAUGGCUCUGACAGGGUCCGAUUGGUUCUCUCGCAAGACGUGCAAGACCCAUCGCUGUCUCUAAUCGCCGCUCGAGGCGACGGAGCGCCGACAUUUCCAGAUCUCAUGCAAGAGACGUUACCCGUGGAAAUGAUUGAACAAAGAUGGCGGUUCCGAGAUACUGGUCAUGUCGAUCAUUUACUGGCUACCCCUUCCGAUUUUGUCACGGCUAGUACCAUCGAGCAGACAGACGGACUCAACUCGGUGCGAUCGACGCGAAGCAUUAUUUUCUUUCAUCCUCGCGAAAAGGAGCACGAGCAAGGGUCGCUACCGGACAUCAUGGUGUAUUCGAAUUCAUUCACAAUAAUUAGUCUGACGGCCAUUCGGACAGAGCACAUGCUCAUGAUGUGUGCGCAGACUACAGUGACUCCGGCCACUGCGGAGGCACCAGCGACAGCCGUGGCGACACGGAUCGAGAUGUUCGCCAUCCUUGUCCACGUUCCGACACGCUGCGAGAUUGGCCGAGUGGUUUUUGCUCCAGGCCAACACCUUACACCGGGUCCUCCAUUAAUUGUCUGUGACGGAAACACCAUAGGCGUGGCUUUGUCGCACAAGGGUGUGGUCUUGACGGGAGAAGACGUCCGGUAUGUGGGUGGCCGAGCGGACUGCGCAUCCUCGCCACGGGGCGAUUCUGGUCCAUCCCGCAAGACGAAGAAAGCCACCGGACGCCAGAAACGCGGCAAGAAGGACGGUUUUGCUCGCGGCAUGACCAUGCGAGGGUAG